UUCAUAUCGCAAUAUACAUUUCUGUUAGGUAAGCACCCUAAUAGGUGUUAUAUGUAUUCUUCCGUUUAUAUUUAGCGGGAUUUACUUGAUACAUAUAGAGCAUGGAUCACAUGGCGUGACUCAUCUCAUUCUUAUUGGCAAGUUCUGGUUUUACUAAUUUCCAAGUGUUUGUAAUGGCUGCUGGAGACAGCUGGGACGACAUCCCAGAUAAUUUCGUUUUACCUGCUGGCAACGCCCAGCGUGGCGCUAAGCUUUUUAAGAAGCAUUGUCAACAAUGUCACUCCAUGCGUCCGGAUAACCGUCAGACAUCAGGCUUUGCUACAGUUGGACCCACUCUGUUCAAUGUAUAUUGUAGGACUGCUGGUGCAUCGGGCCAUGACAGUGUCAAGGGAAUUACUGACAAUUUGCAAAAUGCCGGCAUCGUGUGGACCGAUGCCAACUUAAUGAGGUACAUGAAAAACCCUGAACGUUACGUUAAUGCUGUUGUUGGCAUGAAUUUCUCUGGUCUUCCUAAUUUCCAGGAUCGUGUUGACAUCGUUCACUUUUUGCGUGACUUAACUCCUGAGGGCACGGUGGGCAAGAAGAUGAUGGAGGAGGCUAAGAGGAAGAAAUAGUUUUACUUCCUUGAC